CAAAAUAGCGUAUUUUAAAUGUAAUCGGUGUCGAUAAAAUAUUUUUUAAUUUAAUUAGUCGUAGAAACGGUUUGGAAAAUUUCUUGCCAAUUUUUUUAUGUCGUGCAAAAAUAUUUAAAAAUAUUAAUGGAACAGUCUACUUUCCUUGCUGGGAGAGUUCUCCAGAGGAAAUUAAACGCGCCAAUGUAACAGAGUAUCUUUCACUCAUCCACACUCACUGACUUCCACACGACUGAUCACUGAGUGUGAUUAAUAUUCCGGAUUCGAUCGUGAUUACAAUAUUGGAUCAUCUAUUUUUAGACAUCGGUUGUUUAUGCAGAGAAUAUAAAUGUAAUUAGUUUUGUAAAAUUGAUUAGCAUAAUUCGAGGUGUAAGUCAUUCAUGACAUGAGUCAAUACAUCCACAGUUGUUAAUGAAAAGUUUCUUUUUUGAAAAUUCAUUAGCGCAGUUGUAGAAUCGUCAGGAUAAUUUUUUAUGCAAGUCAACGAAGUAGAGAAUAAUGCGGUUAUUUGCAAAAGUCAUCAACAUCCUCUAUUAGAUUUGCUAAAUCCAAUUUAAGAUAAUUUCCUGAUUCAUUGGGAAGUUAAUAAUGACAGUUCCUCAAUCAGACAAUUUAUCAACACAUCAGAAUUGAUUACUAAAUUCAUUCAUUGUUUCGAUCUCCAGAUUUAAGUGCAUCAGUGCCCGUUCAUAACAUUAUAAAUGAUGGACUGCAUUUGAUUGAAUCGGUGAUAAUUUCUGCACCUGAUAGAAAUGGUUUGAACGAUUUUUAUUAAUAACUCUUUCGAUAGCAAUUUCCCUCAACUUUUGAAUAUUAAACCGAACAAUAAUAACGUAAAAAAAGCUGAGAACCUCAAGGAAAACCCGACGUGUAUUAAUUUUUUUUUUUUUUAAUUUUUGUCCUCCAGAUUUUUUAAAAAUUUUCUUAUGAAAAACUGAACAGAGAAUUUUGCAGUCAAUUUAAUUUGUUUUACAACUGACAUAAAUAACAAUCUUCAAUGAUAGAGUUUAUCCACCAAUGGACCAUUGACUAGCAAAUUAUCUAUUUAGUCUUCUCAAAUUUAAGCUCAUCACCUCCCCCCAAAAAAUUAAAAAGAUGGGCUGCAUCUGAUUACCUCGUUGAUGAUCCCCGGGGGGCCGUAAAAGCGCAAUCAUCCAAAAAGUGAGAUAAUAGCCGGGACAUGAUAAAAGAUCCAGUGAAAAACAUGGGAGAGGGGGAUGGCCGCACGAAAGCCAAGUGGGUGCCGGUUAAAAGGGAGACACACGGGCUUUCAUGAGGAUCCGCGAUCGACGGACAUCAGUCGGACUCGAAACACGAGUGGACGAUUGCCAUCAGAGGAAACCAAGAAUUAUCAAAUAACUUCGUGAUGAUUUCGUGACAUUUACGGUGUGUUUAUCGGGGUGAUUCUCCCUCGUUGACUGGAUUAAGGUGGUGAUACUUUUUUUUUUUCAACCCGGGGAAGGAGAAUUUCACUGUGAUAACGUGGAAACAUGUCCAAGAAACAAUGGAUGGUACUGCUCAUGCUGUUCUUGACCUACCUUCUUCUUGGUGCCUCGAUGUUUUAUCACAUCGAGAGCAGAUUGGAGAUUGAGAAAGUACAGGCGGCCAGGAUGGAACGCAUGGAAAUUAAUGCUCUCCUCCAUGCUCACUAUAUGCCAGAAUCCACAGAAGACCAGCACGAAAUUCUGGACAAGCUGACAGUCUAUUGCGGUAAAUCCGUUUACAAUUACAGUGAUAGCGAGGAGGACCAAUUGAAAUGGGACUUCUACAACAGCUUCUAUUUUGCCUACACUGUCGUCAGUACCAUCGGAUAUGGAAAUCUGGCUCCAACGAAUUCUCUCAGCAGAAUUCUCAUGAUCUUCUAUGGUCUCAUUGGUAUUCCAAUGAACGGUAUUCUCCUCGCACAUCUCGGUGAAUUUUUCUCCAUUGUAUUCAUCCGAGCUCACCAAAAAUACAAAUCCUACAAGCAACAUCACCAAGACGAGUGUAAAAAAAAAUUGACCCCCCUGGAAAAACGAAAAGCUGGUCUGGCUGUGCAAAUUCUCAUGUACCUGGCACCUGGUUUCGUUAUGUUCAUAUUUUUUCCCGCAUUCCUGUUCUCUUAUUACGAAGGAUGGUCGUAUGACGAGGCUGUCUAUUACGCAUUCGUUACACUGACUACCAUUGGAUUCGGGGAUUACGUUGCGGGUCAAGACAACACAAAAGGCAGCGGUGUAUUCUUCAUCAUGUACAAAUCCUUCCUCAUUGCAUGGAUAUCCUUCGGCCUCGGCUACGUUGUCAUGAUAAUGGCCUUCAUAACAAGAGGAAUGAGAAGCAAGAGGAUAGUGCGUCUCGAGCAUAAAUUAGCCAUGAAUCUGAAGCAAACUCAGAAUAAAAUAUGGAGUGAGUUCAACAAGGAGGUCGGCUACCUCAGGCGUGUAUUCAACGAAUUGCAGUUGUCCAAAGUCAAGAGAGUUUACGUGGACGAGUAUGACUAUGAGAUGCCGCCGACGAAGUUGAUGAGGAGUAAUAGUUUUCCGGAUCUACGGACGCUUGUUAUUGGGGGAUUAGCUCCACCGACUCCACCACAUCCAAGAAGAAGGGCUAACAGUGAAGUGGUGCCAUUGGAGCCCCCAGUACCUCGAGUAGUCUCCGAAACCGAUCUCCAACGAAUUGACAAAACAGCGACCUUCGCAACCCACGCAAUGGUCCAACCAGCAGAGCUCCUGGCCCGCCUGGUGAACAUCCUCGGUUACAUUCCACCACCCCCCGAUGAUGAGGAACAGACCCCAGAGUGCGACACACGUUCAGGAGUCGAAUGUUUCACCGACAAAGAAAUCCUCUCCACCGAGCGUAGAUUUGGCCUCGAGCGAUCCCCCUGUGGUAAGCCCCGUUCUCGAGCAACAAGUGAGGUCCGUCUGGACCCCAAGUUCGAGCCCAACGCCAGCAGAAAUCAGGAGUGGACCUGGUCGGGUCCUGCGGCCUCCCGGAAGAUCCAGGAGCUCAUCAGGGCACGACGAAAUGACGCCAAAACAAAGGAAAAAGAACGAGAAAAAGAGAGCAAAUCAAUCUUCCCAGCUCUUCCUAAAUCAGUUCCACUUCCCAAAUGGAUAAAACAAUUGUCAGCUAAAAAAGAUCCUCGACCGAGUAACUCAGUCUCAGCUGGGGAACUCGAUGCAGACGACGAGAGUUACCUCUCCAACAUGAAUCCCCUGCCCUCGUCCUCAACAUACUUCACCCACACGGGGGCGAACCUACCCUCAUCACUAGGAGGCAGUAAUCUCCUGGAGGAGACGUCUCUGGCGGACUUCCUCCGAGCGUUGACGGCCCUUCACACGAGAGUUGGGGCAGUACCAGAGGACUACAUCAAAAAGCCUCAGAGAAAGAUGGGAACUGCUUCGCUGACCCCACCAAAGCUCCCCAGCUUGCUCACCCUCUUCUCUCCCCCUGGGUCGCUUCCUCAAAGCAAUCAGUCGACUGUUACCGCGGACCCUGCAGGGAGGAGGCUCUCGCUGAGGCCUGAGACAUCUGGCAGCUCGACCCCCCUCUACAACCGCCGCAGCUUUGCAGCUCCAGGGGUCAAAGGUAGAACAAGAAGAUUCUCCCUUCGUCCAGUGCCGACACCCCUGGGAACGACCCCUCAGGCGUCUCCAUAUCUGGGGUACUCGAAGCCCUUCCCGAGUCCUUCGCCGCUAUACACCUCAGAUCCUCCCUUCGAGAGUCCAAGAGAGCCGUUGGUGCCGAUGGAGAGUGCACCGGGGUCCUCGUCUCCAGUGGCGGUCUCAGGACACCGCAGGUUCUCCCUGAGACCAGCCCAGUUGGACACUCCCCCAGGCCCUGCAACGCCCCAGGCCUCCAGGGCGAUGCCUAGGUGGCGGGCUGGAAUGCUACAGAGGCAAAUCAAUCAGCUGCAACUCCAGAAGAGGGUCCGAGCGUUCAGUCUGAGCGAUGUCAACACCGAAGGGAUGAAAACUGGGGAGAAGAACAUUGCCAUCAGUCCCCUGGCACUGGAACCCUCUGUUAAGACAAACGCUGGGAAGGGCCUGACCCAGAAGACCGUCACCAUAGUGUCUCCAAGCCGAGAAGACAAGGGGAAGACGAGUGACAGCAAACAGGGGAGACCCAAGUUCCUGAGGGCGAUCUCUGCCUCCAGUAAUCCUUUUACUUCUGCGAUAAUGAAUCCAUUUUUCGAUAGAGACGACAAGGAUCGAAAGAAAAAGGAUUCGGGGACUGGAGAGGAGUCGAAUGAAGGUCGAAAGACAGUAUCCGAGGCUCUGAGGGAAGUCAAGACCGUUACAACGGCUCCAGCAGAGGCUGAGGUUCAAGAUUCCAGGGUUGAAUUAGGGCAGACGGUGUCCAGAGGUCAGGAUGAACUCGAGGUGCCUCAGGAUGAGGCGUGUCCUGAGGAAAGGGGAAGUGAAAAAUUGGGGGCAGCUGACGGGGAUAGUCGGACUGAUAAAACGAGAAAAUUCUCGGUUGUGUCGAUGAGUUCAUGGGGGGAGGGGAAGAAGGGCGACAGAAAGGUGUCUACUGUGUCUGAACACAGCACAGGGGAGUCCUCAUCAAGCAGCAGGAAAACAUCUUCUGGGAGAAGCCCUGGCGAUAAGCCGAGGAUUUCCAUUGACUCUUACAAACCACUUCUGGAGGUCAGAAUUGAUAAACCCAGUGAGAACGUCUUCGAGAGGUAUCAGAGGGCUUCCAUGCAGAGUUCCUCGGAUGGGGAUUCCCUGCAGGAAGUUAAGGUUGUGGCGGCGAAGGGGAGGGAGGAGAGUAAGGUGUCAUUGGGAAGGGAUAAAGGUCCGGCGGAGUCAACUAGUUAAGGGAAGGUGGGAAACGAAAAUUUAGGAAUGACCUGGGGAUAUUUUUAGAGAUGAACUCUUAGGGCUUUUAUGGUGAGUUGAGCCUUCAGGUUUAUCAGUUUAUUACUAAUUUAUACGUAAUUUUUAAAGGAUACUGUGAUAGUACCUGUAAUUUUGAAGUAUUUUAGAGAUUACGUGAACGAAAAAAUUGCAGCUCCAGCUGCUGGAAAAUUUUAUUGACUUUCUAUCAAUCUUUCAAUCUGUUGAGAAAUUUCGCUGCUGUUUUGUGGGUUUCUUCAAUAGUAAUUCGACAAGAUUUUGCAGUCAAUGUGCUAGGUUUUUCUUAGAUUUUUCACGUGUAAUUAAUAGGAGGAGGUGACUGUAAAUUCUAGCCGGGAUCUAGCGACUCCUGAUGUGCUUUUUCAAUCAACAACAGUCAAGAAUGAAAGUAUUUAUGAGAAUGAGUGAAAACGAAUUGAAAUUCGUCAUCUCCUCAAGUUUAAAAAAAAAAUAAACUCAGUCGACACGAGGUAAUAUCUAGCUUUUCAUGUAAAAUUAUUCUAAAUAUCAUUUUCCUUGUAAAUAUUCCUGCUCAUGAUGAUAAUCUAGGAGAUAAAUUGCCCGACGUGACACGUGUGUCGAAAUAACCUAGCAAUAAUAUUUUUGUAAUAAACUUGUGAAUUUAUAAAUUAUUGAAAUGAAUUUGUAAUAGGGUGACUAUUUUUAUCAAUAAAUUAUUUAAAAAUGUAAAAUAAAAA